AUGCUACCGUCGCGGACAAGCUGGGCGAAAAGCCCUUCUUUCGCUGCGAUCUUCGUCAAUACAGCUCGAAGUAUGUGGCGCUCCGUCGCCAAGCAGAUGCCCGUGCUGAAUCGUGCGAUAGCGCGCAGCUCGCAGGUCGUGGCGAUGCCCGUCACCUGUCGUGUGUGUACCGCAGCCCCGCUUGCGUCCGUCGUCCAACAGUGUGCGUCCGCAUCGCUGCAGACCCGCACACUAUCGUCCAAGGCCAGCGAUGACUACGCGCUGAACCUGGCCAAAGUUAUAGCCCCGGAGGCCACGCUUGAGGAGUUUAAGCAGCUGUAUCGUACGCCUGGCGCCAAGCAUACGACGGUCAUCAAGAUCGGCGGCGAUGUGAUCAUCCACGAGCUCGAGACGCUCAUCGAGUCGCUUCGAUUCAUGAAAGACACUGGUCUCUUCCCCAUUCUCGUGCACGGCGCUGGCCCACAAAUGAACACUGAGCUGGACAAACAAGGCGUAGAGCCUCAAUACGUAGGCGGCAACCGCGUCACGGACCAGAAGACACUCGACAUCGCUAAGAAAAUCUUCAUCGACACCAACGCCACGCUCGUGGCCGCUCUUAACAAGGCCGGACUGCCGGCCAAAGGUAUCACCAGCGGCGUCAUCCAGGCCGACUUCAAGGACAAGGAAGUCUACGGCUUCGUGGGCGAGGUGAACACCAUCCACGGUGACCCCGUACAGGCUGUCAUUGAUGCCGGUGAGAUUCCCGUGCUGUCGUGUCUGGGCGAGAGCGCCGACGGUCAGACACUCAACAUCAACGCUGAUGUGGCUGCUCGCCAGCUGGCCCUGAACCUCCAGCCACUCAAGACCAUCUUUGUGAAUGCUAAGGGCGGCUGGAUCGAAGACGACGGUACUAAGCUGAAGACGAUCAACAUGACCAAGGACUACGAACGCAUGGCCGCCCGCGACUACACUGGCCGUCAAGGUACACUGCUCAAGCUGAACGAGAUCAAUACUUUGCUGCACGGUCUGCCGUCGACUUCAUCGGUGGUUCUCACGUCGGCGUCGGAGCUUAUGCGCGAAAUCAUCAGCAAGAAGAGCGCCGGUACGACGUGCAUCAAGGGCGAGAAACCUGCUGAUACUAGCGCGAAAUCCGCUGCCAAGGUGUCGGCUAUUCCGCGUGGCCCUAACGGCAAGUACCGUGUGGGUCUGCUCGGCGCUCGUGGAUAUGUUGGUCGUGAGUUGAUUCGCGUGAUUGGCCGCCAUCCCGAGCUGGAAUUGGUGUGUGCUAGCUCUCGUGCGUUGGAAGGCGAGAAGGUGCUGGAUGUCGCUGCGGCUCCUCCUCUUAACCCGCACACCAAGCUUCCGGCCAAGCCGGUUGAGGACGUGAUGCUGAACAUCGAUCCUGAGCUCAAGUUCUGCGAACUCGGACUGGACAGCAUCCCAUCAUCCCCGUUUGGAGAGAGUGUCGAUGUGUGGGUGCUGGCUCUACCCAACGGCUACUGCGAGGACUACGCCACGGCUCUGGAUGCGCUCCGUCGUAAGGACAAGAUCAUCAUCGACUUGAGUGCUGACCAGCGCUUCAACGCCGAGUGGACUUACGGUUUGCCGGAGGCUCCGGGUGGUCGCACGCGACUCCAAGGCGCCACGCACAUUGCGAACCCGGGCUGCUACGCCACUGGUGCGCAGGUCGGAUUGAUGCCGCUGCUUGGUGGCAAACCGGAGGUGAGCGGCAAAUUGGUCGACGAGAGCGUUCCUCCCCACGUGUUCGGUAUUUCUGGCUACAGCGGCGCUGGCACAAACCCUUCUGCGGCCAAUGACCUGAACAAGCUCCAGGACAACAUCAUUGCCUACAAGUCCGUGAAGCACAUUCACGAGAACGAAGUCAGUCACCAGCUAGGCACGCCCGUUCGGUUCAUGCCGCACGUGGCACCGUACUUCCAGGGCAUCCACCUCACGGUGUCUGCUCAGCUUGCUGACAACGGACUUAUUACCUCGGCCAAGCAGGCUGAGGAGCUCUACCACGAGUUUUUCGCGAGUGAGGCUUUGGUCAAGGUCAAGUCCGACAUCCCGUUCGUCAUGGACAACGCGUACCACCCGCACGUGGCUGUGGGCGGCUUCCAGCUGGACCCGGACACGGGUCGUCUUGUGGUGAUUGCCACCAUCGAUAAUCUCCUCAAGGGUGCAGCUACGCAAGCGGUGCAGAACAUUAACGUUGCCCUGGGUAUCGACGAGUACUCGGGCAUCGACCUUGAGUAG